AUGUCACAAAAGGCACUAGACUAUGAGUCAAUUAAUGAAACUGUGAAGAAGGCUCAGUAUGCUGUUAGAGGAGAACUAUAUCUGCGAGCUUCGGAGCUUCAGAAAGAAGGAAAAAAGAUUAUUUUCACAAAUGUCGGAAAUCCUCAUGCUCUUGGACAGAAGCCAUUGACUUUUCCACGUCAGGUUGUUGCUCUUUGCCAAGCUCCCUUUUUGUUGGAAGAUCCUAAUGUAGGAUUAAUAUUUCCUGCUGAUGCUAUUGCACGAGCCAAAAGUUACCUCUCCUUGAUUCCGGGAGGCCUAGGUGCUUACAGCGAUUCCCGAGGAAUUCCUGCAAUCAGGAAGGAAGUAGCAGACUUUAUAGGAAGGCGAGAUGGCUAUCCAAGUGAUCCAGAACUCAUAUACCUCACUGAUGGCGCUAGUAAGGGUGUAAUGCAGAUAUUGAACACUAUUAUCCGUGGUGAAGGGGAUGGGAUUUUGGUCCCGGUUCCGCAAUACCCUCUUUACUCAGCUACUAUUGCACUCUUUGGGGGCUCUCUUGUUCCAUACUACCUAGAAGAGACUGCAAAUUGGGGUCUUGACAUUAAUGAUCUUCGCCAGUCAGUCGCGCAGGCUCGCUCCAAAGGAAUUAAUGUAAGAGCUAUGGUGAUUAUAAAUCCUGGCAACCCCACUGGCCAAUGCCUUAGUGAAGCAAAUCUGAGAGAGAUUCUGAACUUCUGUUUCCAAGAGAAUUUGGUCUUACUCGGAGAUGAGGUGUAUCAGCAAAAUGUAUACCAAGACGAACGCCCUUUCAUUAGUUCUAGAAAGGUAUUACGAGAUAUGGGUCCACCUAUUAGCAAUGAGCUGCAGCUUAUUUCUUUUCACACCGUGUCAAAAGGAUAUUGGGGAGAAUGUGGACAACGUGGGGGAUACUUUGAGAUGACCAACAUUCCUCCAAGGACGGUUGAUGAAAUAUAUAAAGUUGCUUCUAUAUCACUCAGCCCAAACGUUCUUGCCCAGAUAUUUAUGGGUUUGAUGGUCAAUCCUCCCAAGCCCGAUGAUUUUUCAUAUGAUCAGUAUAUUAGCGAAAGGGUGUUCCAUUUGAGGACAACAAUCUUACCAGCUGAGGAAGACAUGCCUGAAAUCAUGGCAAGUUUCAAGAAGUUCAACGAUGGAUUCAUGGAGGAAUAUGGGGCAUAG